AAGGACCGCCGCUCCGGAGCCCGCCGGAGCUAUCCGUGUGGCGCCGAGAGCCGCCGCUUGGGAUAUGCGACGGGAAACCCCCGCCACAGCGCAGGCAGCGGCCCCGCGGCGCCGGGGAGAGCCCAGCGAGAGCAGGUAGGCAACCGGCGGCCGCGGGAGGAGACGCCCCCCUGCGCCACCUCUGCCCGGCGUCCAGCCCGGGAGACCGGAGCUUUGUGGUGUGCUCGGUACCGCCGGGGGUAUGGAUUCGGUCCCACAUUUUGCCCGCUGAUCGUUUGCCUGUUGCUCUUGUCCCCAUCCCGUCCUGCGCUCCAGGAGGGGCCGUCUUUCUCGCAGGUGAUGAAUUUCUCUGCAAGGUCAUUGCUCCCUUAGGCUCUGGCUUUGAAGAUUGAUCCUUCAGAGGAAUCGUCCCUGACUCCGUCCCUACACUGAGCUAAAACUGCUUCCCAGGUGGAACACUGUUCCGGGGAGAGCUCUGAGGAUUUCCUGAAGAAGAAUUCCAUGGGGACUGUACCUGACCCUUUGAGAUCAGCUAAAACUUCCUUGAUCACAGCUUCUGGAAAAGAAGAGGAUCUAGAAGAAGUGCAGCCUGCCUCCCCUCGGUCUCCACCAGCCGUCUUGUGUGAGAACACCAAUGGCCUUUCCAGCACUCCCGCAGAGCCAGACCUCAGCCCCAGUGCAGCUGCUGAGGUCCUGAUGCAGGCCUUUGAGCAUGAGACCACCCAGCCAGACAUGUCUUCUCCUGGUGUCUUCAAUGAGGUGGAAAAAGUGUCUCCUCCAUGCAGUUCUGACAAUACCCAGCUGCCAGGAAGCAGUGAGCCCACAGCACCAGCCCCAUGUUCUGCAGCAGGAAAGGAUCUCAUAGAUGAAGCAUUUACAAUGCCAGCCAACCAACACACCCACCAGGCGACCCCAAGUGACCAGCUCAAUGCCAGCCCCUUAUCAGGACCUGAAGAUACUCUGCUGAAAACACAGAGAACCACGGAUGGGGAGAUUCUUGAAAAACCUGAAAAGUCACAUUGCCCUGUGGGAAGCACCCAGAGCAACAGCAAAAACCAAGUGCCCUGUGAUUUUUCUUCUCAAAAAACAAUCCAGGGAAUGCUGCAGACUGCAAAUACAGCAGCCAAGGUGUUCAGUCACCCCUCGUCUCCUGUAGGCCAACCCAAAGGGGCAAGGCCAGGAGCCAUAUGCGACUCCCAGACAAGGUCCUGUGACUCUCCCGCGAAAGAAGGAUGUUCAGGGAACAAACAGCCCUCAGCCACCACCUCAGACAGCCAGUCUGUGACUUCUGUGACACCUCAACCACCCCACCUCACUAGCAAAGUCUCCACACGUCCUCCAGAUCAGGUGUCAAGGUUCAAAGAAGCAAGUACAAUGACCAACGAAGCUGCAAGUGAGGUCACGGAAGCUCCCGACAGGGCUCGGCAAGAUGCUGGGGUGCAGGCAGUGGCAAGUGUGGAGAGCAGAUCGGUCUCCACCAGCCCCAGCAUCCUCGCUGCAUUCUUAAAGGAAACCCCAAUUCCUGAGCGUUUGGAACAAGAGCAGCUGCGUGUCAUUUGCAAUGGCAGCGGCAGUGGGAGCCACACGCUGGAGCUAUCUGACAACAUCCACUCCCCACAAGGGUCAGGUCCGUGCCCCGGCAUCAUGCCAGAAGUGCACAUCCAGGCAGCUGCUGCUGUUUCCACAGCUCUCCAAGGGGAAUGCAAAUUGGUGAGCUUACCGAGCGAGGUCCUUAAGAUCUCAUCCAUCACCGUGGCAUCCGGUAAUACUCAGGAUCUGUGUAAGGAAGAUACAGGGUCUGCGGGAAUGACCCCAGCAAGGGAAGAGCCCACCUCUAAACAGCUUUCAGGUGUGAAUUCUAGGUCCCUGAAAGCCAGCCCCACUGACCAGAUUUCUUUCAGUGCGGGAAGUCAAACGGAAACAAAUCAUGAAUUGAGGAAAGUUGAAACCAAGCCAUCUGAGUUUGCAGUGAAAACCACAGAUGGUCACGAAACAAACCCAGACUGCCAACUCUCUGACUCUUGUGGUCCUGCCAACAAAGCCGACCAGCCCGGGAGCCUGGAUCCCACUGACAAAGGAGAUGCAAGAGAGAAGCAGCCGGCAUCUCCUCAGAUAGUAAAACAAGAAUGUAGAGGCACCGAUAUCCUUGAUGCCAGGGCCAGGGCAGAGGCCAAAACCCUGCUGCUCAAUCCUAAAUCUCAAGAAAGUGGAGGCACUGGGUCAGCUGCUAGUCCUACGCCCUCCCCAGUGAGGAAGAACCAGGAGGGUACCCUGGAGGAAAAUAGACAGACCAAGACAGCCACCAGCCUGAGCCUCCCAUCCGAUUCCAUGGGUGACUCCAGUCCAGGUUCUGGCAAGAGGACCCCUUCUCGCCUGGUCAAAGCCAGCCCACGGCGGGCCAGCCGAGUCAGCGAGUUCCUCAAGGAGCAAAAGUUAAAUGUGACCGCGGCUGCCGCCCAGGUGGGACUCACCCCAGGAGAGAAGAAAAAGCAGCUGGGUGCCGACUCCAAGCUGCAGUUGAAACAGUCCAAGCGUGUUAGGGACGUCGUGUGGGAUGAGCAGGGCAUGACCUGGGAAGUGUAUGGUGCCUCCCUGGACCCAGAGUCCCUGGGUAUCGCAAUCCAGAACCAUCUACAAAGACAAAUCAGGGAACAUGAGAAAUUAAUCAAAGCUCAAAACAGCCAGACCCGGAGAUCCAUUUCCUCAGAUACUUCUUCAAAUAAAAAGCUCAAAGGAAGGCAGCACAGUGUUUUACAGUCCAUGCUGCAGAACUUUCGACGCCCCAACUGCUGUGUUCGUCCUGCCCCUUCUUCUGUGCUAGACUGAAAGAGAAUGUGUAUGGGAACCCUUGUGUAUAUUUAUGGUAUUCCUAAGUGUCUCUAUUUGUCAAAGCUUACUUAGUUUUUGUUUUUUGGUUUUGUUUUUUGGUUUUUUUGGAGAGACCAGGAAGACAAGCAAGAAUCAACUAUUGGAAGUUGCUAUUAAGAAUUGUUGGGUCCUUUGAUUGGGGCUCCAUAAAUAAAAAUAUCAUUUCAAUUUGAAAGAAAGAACAAAAGAAAAGAAGAAAGCUCCACUGAAGGUUAAUGACCCUAAUUAAGAGGAAAUAACAUUCACUGGAUUUUUUAAUAUGAUGUUACUUAUAGAACUAGCACUAUCAUUAAAUACGUGUCACUUUGUAUUACUGCCUCGACAUAUCACACUGUGGUGUUUCCACUAAAAUCCCUGCUUAAUAUUAAAACUAGCAAAAAUACUGUUAUACUUUCUAGUCAUAUUGCAAUAAGAAUGCUAUUACCACACAGAAUUUAAGUAGACGAUAAGAACUAUAAUGUAAAACUGUGAAAUAAAUUCAACUUGCUCUUCAGCCAGAUGACAUUAAGGAAAAGCAUUUAAAUGCAUACAAUACCAAAUGAAUUAAUAUUUGUCAACAUCUGCAGAUAACUGUUUUGGUAAACCUUGUUAUAUCGUCAAUCAAUGUAAGAAAGUUAUGUUAGGAAAAUUAGCUGAGCUUUUGAAUAUGAAUACUGCCCACAUAAAACUUGAAUUUAUAUCUACAGAUUUUCCUGCACUGAAGGCAAGGGGCGUCUCUAUGAUUCUGACAAGAUGAAAUUCUUAUUUCUUUAGAGGAAGUACAUGCAACUGAAUUCUUGGAAAGAGUCAUCAAGUUAUUAAAUAUACUAAAGUUUAUGUAGUACAGGUGUUCUCCAAAAACAUUCUGCUGAGUGUGUUAAGGUUUCUGUGUUGAAACCUUUUCUGUGUCAAAAAAAGGAAGUAACAAAAGCAAUGGGUCUAAUUUCAACACCUAUAAACAGGAUGCAGUUUGUGUUUUCCUUUUGACUUGCUUGUGCAGUAGCUUCUAAUAGAAAAUGUAGUGAACACCAAAUAGAACACAAACUUCCUCAUGUUUUUGUAGGUAGACUAAUAUCAUCUAGUUGCUUAAAUUUCUCAUCUGUAGUAUACAGGUAGCCUCUGUCAACUUACUGAUUUUAACAGAAAUACCAUUGUGUCUCAUCCUUCAAACCCAGUAAAAAAAAAAAAAAAAAGAGGUCCUUACUAAAACCUGGUUUGAGCUUCCAGUGGGCUAUAGAUUUUGAAACCAUAGGCACCUGUUUGAGCUCGGCGCUCACCUACCUCCAGAAGAGGAGGUUUUCAUUUGUACCCAUGAGUGUCUUGCAGGGCACUGGGCUGGGAUGACCAGUAGUGGCUUGAGAGUUGGAGGGGUGUGGAAAAGGGAGAUGAGGCAGGGCCCUGGAAAAGUUUCCCCUCCUAGAUUCAUGGAGAGAGAUUGCUCGUCUCCACCUUGCAUUUAGAAAGUCAGAUUGUUAAACGUGGAAGGGGUGCUCCCUGGUUGCCUUCUCUGAGCUCAUUCCCCUCGAUGAGCCAGAAAAGAGCGUCUAUCCAUGUAUUCUCUCUCUCUGGUGACGCAUAAAUGGCGUUUGUGCAGUAAACUCAAAACCUCUGUUUUGGCUUCUAUUUUUGUUAAUUCUCUUUUGCAGAUUCUGAGCAUAUAGGGAAAAAUCUUUUGUGCCUGAGCUUUAACACUACAUGCUAAACAGAGCACAACCCAAAUUAGUAAAUAGCCCCUGGUUUCUUUUAAAGCAAUAGGACUGUAGAUGACAACUGCAUAAAUGGACUGCAGCCCCAGUACUCUUAGAGCCUAAGAAUGGUAAAAUCACAGUGGUUACAUUUGGAGCCACCCUUUGAAUUUUUUAAUUAGGCACAUUUUCCCAUUUCUUACCAACUGGCCCCUAUUAAGAAUACUACCUACAGUAGAAAUUGCCAUCAGAUUAUCAAUCAAAUUACUGUUAAGGAUUAGAGAUGUAGUCUAAAACUCUCUCUUUGGCUUCGAAUACCCGUUUGUAGCAGUGUUCGUGUGGCUUCUGUUGGAGAUGCUUUUGCCAGGGUGUCGUGUCCCUCCUACCCCUUCCUCACUGCCUGUCUCCCUCACACGUUGGCAUAUGUGCUGUGUACACACAGAGAACACCCUGUGUACACAGCAGCAGCUGUCAGCAGCGCCCGCUCCAGAUGGGUGGGCCCCAGGUAAUCCUCGGCUGUGUAGGGGCCAGAACAGGCUGUUCCUGUAUUAAAAUAGGGGGAAAGGAAGAAUUUCGCAUCUGGUAGUAAUAUUUAUUCUUAUGAGGUUAGAGUAACCACGUGAAUUAGAAAUACUGAAAUUAGAAAUGUAUAAUUAUACAUUUAUAAAUUAUAAAUGUAAGCUUAUAAAUUGUAAAUAGCUCAAGUUAAAAAUGAGGCAGAGGCCUAAGAGAGUUGUAGACCUUUGUCGCACAUUAAAUUAAAAGAAAAUCACAUUAAGUUACUUAAAACUAAAUGUAGCGUUGCGGUGUGCCUCUCAUAGUAAAACCUAAGAUCUGAUUUAGUAACUUUGGUUUUCUUUGGUACUGGAAUUAGCCUUUCCUUCUUAAUCUUUAUUUAUUUAUUUAUUUAUUUUUACUUUUCACUUUUACUUCUGCCACACUCUAGAGCUUGUCACAAAAUAGUAUAAAACUUUUCUCGUUUAGUUGUGUAUUGAAUCUUAAAGAAGGAACAGCUUUUCAAAACAGUAAUGAAAAGACUACCGAGUGGGUAAAUAAUGAAGCCUCCUGAAGACAAGCCAUGCUUUUGCUUUAUGACACUCCAAGUACUCACACCAUAAAACCUCAACCUGAAAAUUUUCCCUCACUUCGAUCUGUGACACAACAUUGACAUGCAGCACAUCAUUCGUGACUCCUUAGGUUGGUUCAACAAAAUGGAAGUGGAAAACAGCUUUCAUAGCAGAUUCUUUGAAUUUGUUGGGCUAUUUCUUAGCCUGGCUGCAUGACAAAGCAGGUUGAAAAUUGUUUUUGGCCUUAAUUUCUUUUAGAUGUUCUGUUCCUUUUAAAUGUUUUUUAAUCAGGGGCGCCUGGGUGGCUCAGUCGGUUAAGCGGCCGACUUCGGCUCAGGUCAUGAUCUCGAGGUCCGUGAGUUCAAGCCCCGCGUCGGGCUCUGUGCUGACAGCUCAGAGCCGGGAGCCUGUUUCAGAUUCUGUGUCUCCCUCUCUCUGACCCUCCCCCGUUCAUGCUCUGUCUCAAAAAUAAAUAAAACGUUAAAAAGAAAAUUAAAAAAAUGUUUUUUAAUCAUUGAGAUAUGUGGAGGAAAUAUAAAAUAUUUCUUAAGCAAGUAGUAUAAGAGAGAUGAAUUAGAACACAGUGUCUGGAAGAUAAUGAAAUAUUUACAAUGUUAAGAGGCUUUAUGGCUUACCCAGUGAAUACUAGAAUUUUUAAUUUAAAUGUCGAUUUUUCUAUUUUUAAUGACCACAAGAAAAAUGGCACCGCUUGAGCUGUCAUAUGUUUAUCUUCAGUGCUUUUCUAAUUAUGUCCUUCUGGAUUACUGGCUUUGGUGCCACAGACCAACUGCUCUAUAUUUAUGUUUUGGACCAAUGGCAUAAGUUGAACAUUUUGUUAGGUCGGAGAAUCCUUUUUGUUUGCGUCCAAAAUGAAAUAUUUAUAAAAUAUAUUAGUGUGUUUUCCUACCUUGACAAGUUCAGCUAUGUCGAUAUAAUUUGAUUUUUGAUGACUUCUUAAUCUUCAGAAUUGUCUGAUAAUUGGUACUUUGGAUACCAGUAUUCUUCACAUUAUAGCUUACAUCUCAAAAUUUAAACAAACUGUAGUGAAUAUGCAUGUGUAACAUAUACCCUAGAGGCUGAAUUUGGGAACCAAAUCUCUAAUAGGAGCUUGUCAUUUUCAAGUAGAAAACAGAAGAAGGAAAUGACUUUUGGUUGCAUCCUGAGAGUACUGAGGUUUUAUUGUUCCUAGCUUAUUCUAAUGUUAUUUCUCUCAUUUCUAGGAGUUCCCAUCAUUCUGAGAAUAUAUACCACAUGAAGAAUAUAAUAUCCUGUGACUUUACACUUUGUUUACAGAGGAUAUAUAUGAGUAUGCUGUUAAUGUAAAUUGUUUGGCCUUUGCUGUAUCCACUGUUACUGUUUUGCUGCCAAAAUGUGAGAAAUUAUCUUCUAUUCCUCCUACAUAUUGUGCAAGUGUUAAAAAAGUGGUCCAUUUCUAGUACCAGAUAAUUCACCACAUCUCUUGUCUACUUUUUAAGAAUCAGUAUAAAGAAAAACAAUACAUUAGGAUAAGGUUUGCAUAUAUGUAUAUGUGUUUUUACUGACACUUGGGCACUAGUAGCCUUGUGUGGGCCUCUUCCUGUCUGAUUUACUAAUCGGCUAUGAUGCUGCCAUGGAGAUGAUACUGUUUACUCUCUCCUGCUUUGUCCUAAACGGUAUUUGAGAAAUGAAGCCUGCGAAUUUCCCUUUGUGAUGAUAAUACAGUGAACUCAGCAGUAUCUUAGAUAAUUGAGCUGACCAUCUUGUCCCCACCCCUGUUUUGUCUACACAGUGAAUCAGAAGUCUUGUCCAGGUCUGCUUCAGUGUUUGCUAUUUUAUAUUGAUAUUCGAGCAUUUUGUUUUCUGUGAGCAACGUUCUUUGAUGCUGUGUGUGGGUGGCCCUUUUGGUUGAAUCUCUCCAAAUGUGGGUCAGCUGCUGCCACCUGGCAGAUGACAGGUGAUACGCUAAAUCUCCUGUCCAUUCUUGUAACUAUAGCCUUCUUAAUGGAAUUCUGCAACUGGAUGAGUAAUUAUAAAUGUCAUCUUUGCAGACACACAGGCUUAAGGAUGUCUACAAAAUUUUAAGACAUUUUUGCAAAGGGGGAAAAAAUAGUCUUGUAAAUACUGAAACAUUUCCAUGAAAUUUAUCCUGCUCUUGGGAAAAAAAAAAUCUCCUUGGCUGCAGAAAUAAGAUAAACUUUAUUUGCGAUGACCAAGGACAUAAAUGAAGAUGGAUUGAGGUGGAAAAAUUCUGUCUCACAAGUAAUCAGUGACAUCUGCCAGAGGUCAUUACAGCUACUCUUAACUGUGAACACUCACCAGCUAAACUACUCACUUGCCACAACCAAAUAACCUCUCAAAGUAAAUCCGAUACAUCUGUAUAUAUGUGUAGAUAGAAACAAAAAAAAAUCCUGAAAAAUUACUGUUGACUAUUAGUUAAGUCAAGGUGAAGAUAAUUAUAAAGAACAUUUAAAUAACCAUGGGCCUUGGUGAAAUGACUAUGGAGGCCAGAAUGGUGCAACAAGAUGUUAUUCACAAGUUUGUUAUUUUUUUAAGACCCAGAAAUCUCAGAUACUCAUCAUGAGAAUAAAGACUGUUGAAAAUGAAAUUAAAGCCAAGCAAUAAUGUGCCAAAAAGAGGCAGUUAUACCAGCAAGCGCAUCUAUACGAGCACACCAUUAUGUAACAUGGUUUGCCCCGUGAAGACUGACUGUAACCCACAGGAUAAAACAAGCAAAGGCAUAAUUUCUGCUUUCUUGCUAGAAAAACGUGUUUAGGAGCUCUAUAAAGAGAUACAGCGCCGGUGGACAUUAGUAGAGAUAAGGUAACAUCUCUGUCUUAAUGCUAGCCAAGACGAAAAAGGAGUCAAAAAGUCUUGCUAGCUUAAAAUUCAAGAUAGAUCCAACCAGAAACUUUGUUGAAACAGAGGGGUUAAAUAUAUAGUAAUUACUCUUCUGGACACUUGCACGUAGCAAAGCAAUUCAGUUAAUUCUGCCUAGAGGAUUACCAGCCUUAGCUAUGAAAAAAAUGUGUUCCCAAAUGUAAAAUAACUAAAACAUGAGUACUCAUAUCAAAAAGGGCCUCAAAUAAUGCCUUACAGAAAAUGAUAUUCCAGAUGGGCGUUUCUAAAUACUAGCCCUUUUUUCAGUUCAAGCUCAAAAUCAAUUGGCUGCAAAAAAAUAAGUCACUAUUUUACAUUUCAUAAAAAGAUACAAAUCAUCAACCAGCAUGGUGAGAAUUAUGAUGAGAAAUAACCUAGUGAUUUACAUGUGUUAAGGAGAAAUAAGUGGGAGAGAAAUGCUAACUUCUUUCUUGAUCUCUUAUGAUGCGGGGAUGUCACCCACUGAUUUGCAGGGUGAAAAUUAUGGCUUGCUUUUUAACAUUACUACUAGCAUUACUCUUUGUUACUUUAAAAAAUUAGAUUGCCUAUUUUUUAGCAAACUUCUAAGUGGAUAAAUGAUUUUUCUGUUUUAUAUCAUUGCUUUAAUAUCACGUGAAGACUGUACAAAGCAAACUAUGUUGAAUGGGUAGAAGGAGCUUACUCACGUUUAUCAGGAUCUCUUAAUGAUUUUAGCUGAGAUUCCGUAACGCUUCUUUUAGGCCACAUCUUUGAGUAAAUUAUUUUUCAUGUUUUCCAUCACAUCUUAAACUGAUGUUGGUAAAUCAGAAGAUUGCAGUAUUACAGUCAUGCUCCUCAAUCCCUAGAGGAGAGGAGAGACUAAUUUUUAUUUUAAGGACAUCUGGACAUAGCUUUCCUGAGGCUGAGAAAGGUCAACAGGGCCUGACCUGAAAACUCAAGAAAGAAAUAUACUAAUAAUUCCUAAAUUCCUCAAUGUAUUUAUCUCUGCUGUACUAACAUGUGAACAAUAUGUUGUGCAUAAUACUGUAGCCGGUUGUGGUAUGUCAAUACAUUUUGUAAGUGUGUAUAGUCUGUGAGUGGUUGGUUUUCUCUUUCUAUGUGUAGGAAAAAAAAACAUGCCGUGUCCCAUUUCAAAACCAAGUUCUGUCAUCGGGUAGGCACAUGUAUGAAAAUGAAUAAAGCCAACAGAAGUGUACAUGUGUAUUCAGUAACAGAAUUUGUCCUUUCAUUUCUGAAGGUCAGAAAGGGCUGUUGUGUGUGUUUGUGUGUGUGUGUGUGUGUGUGUGUGUUUUAUCAUUUCUGAGAGUAGGUAACAUAAUUAUCACAAAGGCUGAAUACAUUGGCAAUACACUGGCAUGUUAUUAAAUCUGCCAGGUUAAUUAACCAUGCCAUUAGUCACAGGUAAGGUCAGUUCUUUGACCACCGGCCUGAUUUACAUUCCUCACACAUCCUCUCCGUGGUAAGUGUGUGACUAGGAUGUACAUGCUAUGGGUGUGAUUGUGUACAUACCUUGUAUGAAUUAACCUAAAUCCUCAAAGAGUUGUACGAAAGCAGGAAAACGAAACAGUUGUUCAAAAGCCUCAAAAGGGCUAAUCAAUGAGUAUUUUCAUUUUCUACACAUAAAAAUGUAUACAUGGCAUAACUGUAAAUAGCUUACCCACAUAUAUAUACACACAUAAAUGCAUUUCAUUCAUACUGUUAAUAUUUAAAUAAAUCACAAAUUACAACAGUUGAAAGCUGCAUCUUUCCAUGACUGUUCUGUUUUCUAUACAUUAACAUGGGAUCAAAUGCUCCCGUUAAAUGGUGUUAUACUCCCAGGUAGCAGAUUUGGUGCUUAGGAAAGCCCUGCCUCACUAUGAAAAUCUAGUUAUUAUCAUAGACUGGUACCUGAGCACCUUCAAAGGUUUAAUGCUGUUCUUUAAGCACCUAAUUUUACAUCUGGAAAUGACAAACACUGGGGAAAAUCAAUUAUGUUUUGUAGGCUCCAUUUGUACAUUUAUUCGUGUGUUUAUUUGCACAGGCUGAUAAAAGCCCUACCUUUUUUUUAGAGAUCUAUCCAUAGGUUUCAAAACAGUAUAUGAUCCCUUGAAGAGGAAAAUGAUUGUACGCAUUCUCUUGAGAUGAGCAAAAUGUUGUUUAGCAACACCAAAGAGAAGUCAAAGAGUAAAAGUUUUUUUUUUUUUUUAAAUUACAGAUGAUGUUGGCAGGAUAAUAGAAUAUGAGCAUUUGGGAGUUCCGUCAAGUGGACUCAAGUAAAUUCCUAUUAUUGAUAACAGGUAAUACUGUGUGGACUAGAUAACAAGAUGAGAGACAUUAGCCAGCAAAUGUCAACACUGGACAACACUUGUCAACUUAUCACAAUUCUAAUCAGUGAACUGAUGUUUGAGUUUCUCUCAUUUUUCCUAAAAGGAAAUACUCUAUUAGAGAUCAAAAAGUCUGAUCUGGUUCCUGAAAUCUAAUGUAAUUUGACCCUGAUUCCUUGACACUAAAAAUUAUGUUGCCUGGGUAUUAGGUUGAAGAUAUAAAUGGACAUAUAAGAGUUUCCAUUAAUAGAGAACUCCAUGUGGCAAAGUGCAAAUAUAACCAUUUCUCAGUAGAAAGUUAAUAAUAUUUAAUAUGUAUUUAUGUUUUGGAGAAUUAAUGUGCCAUCUUUGUAUCUUAGAUAAAAAUAAAAGGCUAACCAAUCAUAAGAACACUGUAACUAUAGCUGCCUGUGUUUUUAAACUACUAAAACCACACUUGUUUAUAAGAGCAGAAUAUGUGAAAUCUUGAUGUUUGUCAAUAUUUACUGUUGCUUAAAAGAUAAAUUCGUGUAAUUAUUUUGGACGAUGUAUAUUAAUUUAAAUGCCACCCAGAAAAAUUAUAGCUGUCAAUGUGAAAAUCAUUUGUGUGUGUCAAUACUCAGCUGAGAAAGACCAAAAGUGUAGUGUAAUGUUAAAUCUCUGAAAAAAACAGUAGUACUCAAAGUGAAAUUCCAUUUAUGAAUGUAUCAAUAUUAGAAUCUAAAUUUAUAUCUUUUCAUGAUGUCUAUAUAUGAAAGUCAUAAAAUGGUUUAUUCAAGAAAGUCCCCAUCCUCCAGAAAUUGACCUACCAAUAAAAUUUUAUUUCCUAGAAAAAAAGAUGGAAUAUUAGGAUUUAAAUAAGGAUAGAUCAAGAUUUUGGAAUUAUAUACACUUCUGCUCUCAUUUUGAAUUUGACUUUUGAAUGAAGGAAGGAAGGAAAUUCAACGGAUGACUUUGUUUUACCCUCAAAAAAUUUUAAGUAUGAUUUUUUGCAUUUCAUUUUCCAUAAUAAACAUAAUAGAGAUUCAAA